AUGUCUGGUGUUUUAUUGCGGUCAAGUUUGAGUAACGUGCUGAAGACACGUAUUGGAAUCACGACAAUAGUACGUAAUGUAUUAACUAGAUCAUUUAGUCUGAGUACGUUUAAUACGAUAAAUAGAGCCACGCUAAGGUCUCCAUUGAAUUUGGUUGUUGCUACUCGUGGAUUUAAAGUGAAAUCUUCUUUGAAAAAAUUUUGUAAAGAUUGUUACAUUGUAAGGCGUAAAGGAAGAGUUUAUGUGUAUUGUAAAUCGAAUCAUAAACAUAAACAACGUUCAGGUUAA